AAUGACACUGACAACUUGCAAAAAAAUCUACAGAAGUAGUGUUUUGCACUGUUUUGCAUUAAAUUAUGUCUAGCUUUAUUUAGAUGUGUGACAUAUAUUUUAUCUCCGAAGACAUGGAUCUGACUAAAACGGAAAAGACCAAGUUUCUUGCACCAGAUAUGGCGGUGAGCGCUGUACUGGUGCCAAGUCAGGAGUUACCAGCUGAAACCCCGAUAGUUUCUGGUUAUGACUGGGAAAGUGGCGUCGAUUACAACAAAUUGCUCGAAAGCUAUGCGUGCUCAGGAUUCCAAGCGACCAGUUUUGGCAAAGCGGUGAGCGAAAUCAACAAAAUGUUGAAAUGCAGAGCUGUCCCUUUGACAGAGGAAACUGGUGACCCAUACGAAGAAGACGCCUUUAUAAAAAAGAACACGAACUGCACGAUCUUCUUAGGAUAUACUUCUAACAUGAUCUCUUCAGGUUUACGCGAUUCUAUCAGGUUUUUAGUUAAAAACAAACUCGUUGAUUGCAUUGUCACAACAGCGGGGGGAGUGGAAGAAGAUUUAAUAAAAUGUCUGGCGCCUACGUAUGUUGGCGACUUCUCCCUAAGUGGCAAAAUGCUUAGGACUCGUGGCAUAAACAGGAUUGGCAACUUACUGGUACCCAAUGACAACUAUUGCAAGUUUGAAGAAUGGGUGACACCGAUUCUUAAUGAAAUGCUCAAGGAGCAGAUCAGAGAGAAUAUUGUAUGGACUCCAUCCAGAAUAAUAGCGAAAUUAGGCCAGAAAAUCAAUGAUGAAAGUUCAGUAUGUUACUGGGCGUGGAAAAAUAACAUUCCUAUUUUUAGCCCUGCUUUAACUGAUGGGUCCUUGGGCGACAUGAUGUACUUUCAUUCAUUCAAGAAACCUGGUUUUAUUAUUGAUAUACUCAGCGACUUAAGGAGACUGAACACUAUGGCUGUUAAAGCAAAUAAUACGGGUAUGAUUAUUUUAGGAGGAGGUGUGGUGAAACACCACAUUUGUAACGCUAAUUUGAUGAGAAAUGGUGCUGAUUAUUCUGUAUAUGUGAAUACUGGCAAUGAGUUUGACGGUAGCGAUGCAGGAGCUCGACCUGAUGAAGCUGUCUCUUGGGGGAAGAUUAGAACUAAUGCUACUCCUGUGAAAUUGUAUGCUGAUGCAACUCUUGUAUUCCCUAUGCUUAUCGCUCAGACAUUUGCCAAGUAUCAUUUUAGCAAUAAAAAGAAUGUUUAGAAAUGAUUGUUUCAUUAAGUUUAUUUGAUAUGGUA